AUGGCUUCAUUACUUGGGGUCGGCUACGAAUCCAGCGACGAUGACACCACACAUGUUUCGACGACGUCUGCUACCAAAAUCAUCGCUGCGCCCGAAGUGAACACAGAGGAUCAAGCGCACAUGCAAAUGAUGCUCGCAAAUACCUCCUCUAAAGCUCUGACCUACAACGCGACAUACGACGAUCUGUCUCGGCCCUCACAGGGCCCCUCAAACCCCUUCAAGCCCGCCGACGCAGGGAACGGCCUCAAGCGCAAGAAUGUCCCGACCGGUUUCGCCGAGGAGGCUGCCAUUAGCGCGGCGACGUUUACCGCGCAGCAUCGCACGUUCCAGAGUCUAGGGUACACGCGCAACCCGACCGUCCCCGGUGUGUUUGUGGGAAACCUCGAGAAUGCGGCUCGGUUUGGCGGGCGGGAUGUCGUGCAGAUGAAGCCCAGUAAGGAGGCGUCCGCGGCGUUGAGGGCGAAGCGUCAGAAGAAGGGCGAUUCGAGUGUUGUUGAGGGUCCCGGCGCGUAUCUUGGUCCGUGGGCGAGAUACCAGGAUGAUGACCAGGUCUACGAUGAGGAACUCGGGAGCGAUGAGGAGCUUGUGGAGGUCAGCGAAGACGAAGAAGAGCACGUCGGCUCGGCGCCAAUGCCGGCUAUGAGCAAGGAGGCGACAGACUACCAGGACGACACGUCUAAGGUGGAAACGACCGAGUUCCACGGCUCGGAGCAGUUCGAUUACCAGGGCCGCACGUACAUGCACGUUCCCCAGGAUCUGGAUAUCGAUCUCAAGAAACCUACGGGCAGUGUGAAGAACUAUGUUCCCAAGAAGCUCUUCCACACCUGGAAGUCGCACAACAAGCCGAUUACUUCUCUUCGCUUCUUCCCCCAAUCCGGCCACUUGCUGCUCUCCUCUGCGGCCGACGGCAAGGCCAAGAUCUGGGACGUCUACCACUCCCGCGAACUCCUCCGCACAUUCUCCGGCCACAACAAGGCAAUCACAGACACCGACUUCCACCCCACAGGAAAAACUUUCUUAACAGCCUCCUACGACCGCCAAAUGAAGCUCUGGGACACCGAAUACGGGAAAUGCAUCUCGCGCUUCUCAACAGGAAAGACACCACACGUCAUCCGCUUCAACCCGAACCCUGAACUCUCCCACGAAUUCCUCGCCGGUAUGUCCGACAAGAAGAUCGUCCAGUUCGACACUCGCUCCGGCGAGCUCGUCCAGGAAUACGACCACCACCUCGCGGCAGUCAACACCCUCACUUUCGUCGACCAGAACCGCCGCUUCAUCUCCACAUCCGACGACAAGUCCCUGCGCGCCUGGGAAUACGGCAUCCCCGUCCCCAUCAAGUUCAUUGCGGAGCCCUACAUGUUCGCGCUCACGCGCGCAGCCGCUCAUCCCAACGGGAAGUACGUCGCGUUCCAAUCCGGCGAUAAUCAAAUCGUCGUCUACGGGGCUACAGACAAGUUCCGGCAGAACCGGAAAAAGAGCUUCCGCGGCCAUAAUAAUGCGGGUUAUGCGAUUGAUCUGAAGAUCUCGCCGGAUGGGCAAUUUAUUUGCUCCGGUGAUAGUGCUGGUUACGUGUGCUUUUGGGAUUGGAAGACUGGGAAAAUGUAUCAUAAGAUUAUGGCUGGGGGUAAGGAGGGUGGGGCGACGACUUGUCUUGACUGGCAUCCGCAGGAGACAAGUAAGGUUGUUACCGGUGGGCUGGAUGGAAUUAUUCGGUACUGGGAUUAG